GCCCUUCGUAACCACUCGGGGCUGGAUCUCCUUGCAAAUACCCUCAUCAUGCUGACUCUCCGGUCGGCACGUCUAUUGCGUGCUUCACAACCGCUAUCGAAGGUUCCUCGGCGAUGGAGCGGUUCUAUAUCACAGCGCCCUGGAUCGGACCGUGUCCGCUUUCCAGGUGCAAUCAAUAGCAAGUUUACCACCGACAUGGCCUUCAUCAACCCCUCCGAGAUGCCGAAUAUCCCUACCUACCGAGUCAUGGAUUCAGACGGUGUCCUGGUCGACAAGUCGCGAAAGUCCAUCGAUGUGCCAAAGGAGGAAAUACUGUCGUGGUAUAAAAACAUGUUGACUGUGAGUGUCAUGGAUGUAAUAAUGUUCGAGGCGCAACGACAGGGUCGGCUAAGCUUCUACAUGGUCUCCGCCGGCGAAGAAGGAAUCAGCGUCGGGUCCGCCGCAGCUCUGACCCCAGACGAUGUCGCAUUCGCCCAGUACCGUGAAGCCGGAGUCUUCCAGCAACGAGGUUUCACUCUUAAAGACUUCAUGAGCCAACUCUUCGCCAACCGCUACGACAACAGCAAAGGUCGCAACAUGCCCGUCCACUAUGGCUGCAACUAUCCCCGAACCCACACCAUCUCCUCCCCCUUAGCAACCCAAAUCCCCCAAGCCUCCGGAGCCGCCUACGCCUUGAAACUCCAAGCCCUCCAAAAUCCCGACACACCACCCCGCAUUGUAGCCUGCUACUUUGGCGAAGGCGCCGCCAGCGAAGGCGACUUCCAUGCAGGGCUCAACAUCGCCGCUACUCGAUCCUGCCCGGUAGUCUUCAUCUGCCGCAACAACGGCUACGCCAUCUCCACCCCCACCCUAGAACAAUACCGCGGCGACGGGAUCGCCAGUCGCGGCAUCGGCUACGGGAUCGACACCAUCCGAGUGGACGGCAACGACAUCUUCGCCGUCUACGAAGCCAUGCGCGAAGCCCGCCGCAUCGCCCUCCAAGACGGCGGCAAACCCGUCCUAAUCGAAGCCAUGAGCUACCGAGUCUCCCACCACAGCACCAGCGACGACAGCUUCGCCUAUCGCGCGCGAGUCGAAGUCGAAGACUGGAAACGCCGCGACAACCCCAUCAUCCGACUCCGAAAAUGGCUAGAAAACGAAGGCCACUGGAACGAGGACCUCGAGCGAGAUACCCGAGAUCAGCUCCGAAAAGCCGUCCUCAAGGAAUUUGGCGAAGCCGAACGAGAGAAGAAACCCCCUCUUCGGGAAGCAUUCGAGGGCGUAUACGAGGAAUUAACCGAGGAAGCAGAGGCGCAGAAGCAAGAGCUGAAACGGAUUCUAGAAACUUAUCCGGAUGAAUAUGAUCUUCAUCAGUUUCAGGAUGGAGUCAAGGGGUUAUAAAUAGAUUUUUGAUGGUGUUUGCAGAUAGUGUUCUACUAGAUGUAUGUAGAGCUCAAAUGACUUGACGGUUUGAUGCUGUCUUAAUCAUCAAGGACGGAUGUACAUCCCUUACGUGAUGGUGUUAGCAUCGGUGAAUGAUGUGUUAAGGCUUGACUUGGUGGUCUAUACACUCUAUUUCGCUCCGUAUUAUGCGAUAACCUCC